AUGGAUGAAUCAUUUUGCCCAAGAAUGGUUAGACGUAUAUCAGGAGUAGAGAGCCUUAGAAUCAAUACUUUCGUGCCACAAUAUAUGUCGCAGGCGACAAGUAGCUCGGCACCGGAAUGUCGAUAUCCCAUAUCAGAUUCUCCACGCGCCUCAAUAUAUCUUGAUCUUAGAGAAUUUAGACACACCGGGUCAAUUUCGGCAACCAAAAAUCGUCUCCAGAAAUACUUUUGGCUUCAACAUCAACACACAAGACGUAUAGUUGUCAUGAAGAGGAAAAUAAUGCGCAGAAUACCCACUCCGAUCAGAACUACUAUAAUGACUUUCCGAGGACGUAGUUCAACUGAGAUCAGACAAAUGAUAGUAUCUGAACCCUUCAAUGUCGCAAAGAUUGUUGAUGGCCAACCGGUUCAGAUGGCCAGAUAUCAUGAGUUGCCAGUAGCUCCUAGAAUGCCAUGCCUUCCACUCAGCUCGAAUCCGUUCAACGUAAGUGAGCUCGAAUCACCAAGUCUCAUUUUCAAGCUUCCUAUAUUGACAGCGACUACUGUAGAAGGUAGGAUAGUCGAUCCUUCAAUUCAACCACAUCGUUCAGUCAGAGCACCCCCUGUGUUCACCAAAGAAGCACGAGCAACUUUGAGCGAAACGCAGGCUUGGAAAAUCUACGCGGAGAAAACACACAAGGCCUAUAUCAAGCUCACUAAAGCAGUCAGAGAAGUCGAAAACAUGGACCGCCAACUUGAAGAAGAGAUUCAACAACUCAAAGACAAGAACGAAAAACUUGAAGAAGAGGUGCAAAAGUUCCGCGCGGCCCGUGCCGCUCCAAGUCAACAAAAAGCUUUUGCAGACCACUACAAGAUGUUAUUCGAAAGAGAAUCAGAAAAGGUUGAGUUUCUUGAAAAUGAACUCCAGAUUGCACUCAAACACUCAGCUGAAGAAUCCAAGAAGGUUGCCAUGCUUGAAAAGAAUGUUGAACUCGCAAUCAACCUCGCAGAUGCAUCCACAGCAUUAGCCGAAACCCUCCAGGCCAAUGUUCCAAAGCGAACAACAUCACAACGAUCAUCGAGAUCGACUGAAAGCUGGAGCGCUUCGGAUGAAGAAAAGUUCCACGUAGUCAAACUUCUCGCUUCAUCUUCAUCUUCAGCGACUCCUUCGCUCGACACCUCACCGAUGUCAUUAUCCUCUGAUGAUUGCACAGGCUGGAUGACAGCAGCGCAAAUCCUGGAGCUCCCAGCACCAGAGGAACAUUCAGAUCUCGAGGUCUGCGAGGACUUUCCAUCAGAAAUCGAUCCUCCGACUCUGAUUGAGCUCCCAACCACUCCCGAAUCUCCCGCCGAACUCCCAGGCUCCUCCAAAUCCCCGAUUCAACCGAGCCCCACGCUCACCCUCCAAACUCUCCUUUUUCCUACCGUUUCCCGCAUCCCCAUUUCUUCAUCUUUUACACUUAGCUCAGCUGCAUCCGCAAAUCUAAAUUGGUGUCCGAGUUUGGCUACAUGGGAAUGGUGCAGCGUGCCGGAUUUGAAGUUGACGGAAUUUUUGAAGGAGGACAAGAAGAGAAGAAGAUGCUCCGGGAGAGUUUUCGAAGGAACGGAGCUGGCGAGUUUCAGAUUGGGUGAUUGCUCUGGUAGCAGUGCUUGA